AUGGAAAGGAAAAUUGAAAAAGGUUUUACGGAUUCGUCUGACGACGAAGAAAAUAAAUAUUUCGAAGAAGGAAAAUACAAUUCGUGCGGUAAAGAAUUGAAAAAUUUAAUUAAACCGAAGGUGGAAAAUCUUUCGAAAUCGAAAGAUGUCGUCGUCGAAGUUAAAUAUCAAGAUCGAAAAUUUUCAUCCAACUCUCGUUUGGCGAGAGAGAAAUUACUCGAACAUUUGGAAGAAAAUUUGAAAAAAAAUGACGUGGAAAGAGGGACGGGUGGAAAAUUCGAUGGAGGAUCGUUACCGUUGGUGGACCCCGUUUUAAAAAUGAGGAUAGUCAAUCCUUUGGUUUCGUCGACGGUUUUAAAAGAAAAAAUGAUCGGAAGGGUGUCGAUAAGCACGUCGAGUAUAAAAAAUUUUAUAAAAACGGAAAAUUAUAAAAAUACGGAUUGGGUCACGGGGGGAGUCAUUGUAAAUAAAAUUUGUAAAACGUCACAAAAAGGAAAUCAAUAUUGCAUAUGGAAUUUAACGGAUUUACACGGCGACAUAAAAACAAUAACGGUUUUCCUUUUCGGUACGGCAUAUAAUGAAUUUUGGAAAACGUCCGUCGGAAUCGUUGUCGGAAUAUUAAAUCCUGCCGUAAUGGAAGGAAAUGAAAAGUCGGAAGCCACGCUCAAAGUGGAUAAUUCAUAUAAAUUAUUACUCAUGGGAACGUCGAAAGACUACGGGAUAUGCAAAAGCAAAAAGAAAAAUGGCGAAAAUUGUUACGGAGUCGUAAACAAAGACAAAUGCGAGUAUUGUAAUUAUCAUUUGAAAAAGGAAUACACGAAAGCGAGCAGACGAUCCGAUCUCAUACCCCCGAAAGUAUCGGCCAACAUAAAUAAUUUUAGAAAAAAUACUGUUAAUAAUAAUAAUAAUAAGAAAAAUAUAUUCGGAAACGUUGGUAAAUCAUUUACGGGUAUCAGGGGUAAGAAAAGUUUUAAAAACGUGGAAAAAGAUCAAAACAGGUUGAAAUCCUUGUCGGAUUUUCACGCGCCGAUGACGAGUUCGACUCCGCUAACGCAAAAGAAAAACAUCAUCAACCACGUGGAAAAUCCACGUGAAAAUGUUAUGAAUUUUCCUUCGGUAGUGAUGAAACCGGAAGAGUCGAAAAGGGAAAACGAAAUGAUAAAUUUAAACGUUCCAAUAACGAAAAAAGAAAGAAAUGCGGCGAGAAUUCAAGCAUUGAAUUACGUUCGUAAGCACGGACCCAUAAAAAGAAUCGAGGAAGGAGUAGGGGGUGGCGGUGGAAAACAGAAAAGAACACCGGAACAAAUAAAAAUGAUUAAAAGAAAAUUAGAAGAAAUGGAAGAGAAAGAAGGAGAGAAAUGUAAAAAAAUGAAAGGAGAAAAAGAAGGAUCCGACGUGGCGGAAAAUGAUUCGGACAAAAAAAAAAAAUUGGAAAAAAUCGGAAUGACGGAGAAAUUUUUCCAAUUGAUGAAUUCCGAAGUGAAAAAUAAAGAUUUAUUAAACACGGCGGAAACGGAAAUGCGGGAAAAAUAUUUCAACAAGUUGGAAACGAGAGAAAAAAUGGAAGAUAAAAUGGCGUCGAUAUAUAAAAUGGAAUGCAACGCCGUCAUUUGUUUAAAAUGCAAUUACAAAACAUUUUCCGCGUCGGAAAUGUGCAAAAGAGAUAAACACCCGUUGAAAGUCGUCAAAGCGACGAAAAGAUUUUGGAAAUGCGGAAAAUGUUCGUACAGGACCGUAACCCUCGAAUUGGUACCCCUCGUGUCGUGUAAGAAUUGCGGGGGUUCGAAAUGGGAAAGAACGAGUUUGAUGCCGGAAAAAGGACCGAAUUUAAACGUGGAACCUCUUUCCCUGAGAGGAUUCGAAGAAAAAUUUAUCGGUUCGACGAUUGGUAGAAAAGCAAAUUUGAAUUUGUUGGUACCGGAAGAAAGUUCGUGUCGUCACGGGAAGUGA